UUAUGUAGUUUACAUAUAUGACUGAGUCUUUCAUGAAAACCGUUUUAUCAAGAGCUUUGCAAGAAAUAGAUGCUAUCCGUUCAUUUAUUUCUCACAUUAUUUUCCAGUAUCUUUUCUUGAACCAUUGUUUCUUUUUCAUCUAAAUUCAAAUAUUUUAUUCUAAAUCAUUUUGCAAAACAUACAAAAAUUAGAAAGGCCAAAGAAUGCACAGUUUUAAGGUGAAAAUUUGACUAGCAUUAUCACUUUCACUGUCGGUCCCGUAAUGUUAUGUCUUGCAAGCUAGUGUCGGUCCCGUAAUACUACACCAAAAUUCUAGCAACCUCCAAUCUUGUGGGAGAAAACUGGUAGGCCUACAUAUGAGAGAAUGGGUCUGCAUGGUCAGUGUGCUCACUAUAAAAAAAAAUCCUGCAGCACAUAGUGCAUAACAAGAAAAAACUCCGUGUUUUUUAUUGGAGGUUUUGCUGUAUUGUUAAUGUUACAUAACCCUCCGCAGGUUCUCUUGUGUGGGAUGGGUGCAGACGAACAACUGGGUGGCUACUCUCGUCACCGCGCCCGCUUCACAGCAGCUGGUUGGUCAGCCCUCUUAGAAGAAAUUAGCCUGGAGAUCUCUCGUAUUCAUACUAGGAAUUUAGGACGAGAUAAUCGCAUCCUAAGUGAUCAUGGUCGAGCUCCAAGGUUCCCAUACUUGGACGAAGACGUCGUGAAUUUCCUCAACUCACUGCCAGUGUGGAUUAAGGCCAACUUAUAUCUGCCGCGUGGAGUAGGGGAGAAGCUGGUGCUGCGUGUGGCAGCUGCUCAUCUGGGACUGACAGCUGCUGCUGUUUUACCAAAGAGAGCCAUUCAGUUUGGCUCCAGAAUUGCCAAAUUGGAAAAUUCCAGAGAGAGAGGAUCAGACCCAUGUGUGAGACUGGUGGAGAAAUAAGUUUGUUUCAGUUUAUUAUAUACAGUCAGCUCUCUUAUACACCUCUAUAUACUGUCAGUUCUCUUAUAAAGCUCCUG